AUGCCGACCAACGUGCACUACGAGGCACUGCCCGACUCCAUACAUCUCAUGUGGGACUUUCCGAGGGAUCACAAUGAGGUGGUCGUACGCGGCUAUACGGUUGGAUGGGGUGAAGAACAACACGUCGAUUCGAUGGCUAUUUCGCUAGCUGGAAAAGAAACGAACAACGUCCAGCUUGAUGGUUUACGUAAGGCCGAUCCGCUGGCUACUGCCACAUAA